AUGGCUCUCCCAAAUCGGAACCCCGGACGCAUGCCGGCCGACGAUGACCUUGGCUACUUCCGAGACUUACCGUGGGACACUAGGGAGUCCGUUGAGCUACGACGUCAAGAUGUCGCCCAACUUUUUUAUGCAUUAUCGCGCUCCGUUGAGCGUAGCGUCACCUCUCCCACCAGCCGUACCCUGGCACGCCGUUUCUACAACGUGCGGCAUCAUGUGCUGCAUGGCAUGGUAGAGCUUCAACAUUUUGCUCAUCUCAUCCGGUGCAUCAGAGACAGGAAAAGGUUCGAUCUGGAUGUCUGGGACGCUGCCAUCAUCUGCCUUCAAGCCCUCGAUGCCAUCCCACUUCCCCAGCACAACUCCAGCUGGCCCCGCAAAGAGAGUCGCGAGGUUGAUUCGAGAACCUUUCCCUUCAGCUCCUUGCCUUAUGAGCUGAGGCUCACGAUCUGGGAGUUGGCCUUUCCGCAACUGUCCGGAGCGCCGCGUGUUCUUGAAUUCUACGUCGUCCUAGGCUACAGUGGACUCUGGCUGCCGCGUGCGUCGAACCGGGUGCUGCUCGGAAUCUAUCCUUCCAUUGCCCUGGUGGAGAUGACGAUGCAGAGCCGGCUCUUGCUCGCCAUCAACCAGGAAACACGCGCCUUGGCAACGCGCAUUUGGCCGCAUACUCUCUGUCCGGGAACGACUGAUAACGCUGCCAGCGUUCGGUUCAACAGGUAUCUGGACGUUGUCAUGCUGCGCGUGGCCGACCAUGAGCAGGUUACUGCCUACAACACCGACUUGCCCAUCCCCUUGUUUCAGUACCAAGUGUUCAACCUUUCCAUCAACCCCUAUGAAUUCAGGCCCUGCUCGCGCGACAGCGUCACUUCCGAACCGUGGUUGAAAUCCUUCACUCACCUGAAAAGGCUCAUCUUGUACGAUUCCGACGCCAUGUGGGAGUCCAGUGGACGCAGUUUGAUCGACAGAUCGUGGUCGCACCUGAGCCAUCGUACCAAGUGCCUCGUCAUCAUCGCCGACGUGCCCUUGGACUAUGGCGAAUUCUUUUGCACCCUUGCCCAUUGGCCUUCAUAUCUCACCCUCGGACCGGUUGCUGCACUCCGAGAACUGAAGGGCUCUACGCUGAAGCUGAUAGAGCCCCGGGAGAGGCAUCGGUUUUUCGACGUCGGCGACCAGUGGGGCGACUACGGACGUGGAUCGUGGCCCAUGGUUGAAGUCGAUCUCAGCGAGAACAUCGUGGUGGACGAGAGUUCAUUGCCACGCCUCAUCCGACGUUGCGUACUACGUCUGCCCGAAAGCAACCGGUACUUGUUCGAAUCCUAG